GGUCCAGUGCAGGGUCCUGAGGGACGGGCCUCCAGAGCCAGCUGGAGGAGCUUGAGAUGAGGCCAGGGCAGUAGCAGCUGAAGCCACUUAGUUGGACUCGUGGAGGAGGCAGCGCAGGUGGCCAGGCUUGGGGCUCCUGGGAGGCUCCAACACCCUCAAGGCACAGGUCGGAGGAGACCCUGCUCAAACCAAGGACAAAGUGAGGGGGUGCAGGGCCCUUCCAGCCACGGCGGGGGCCAACGCUGGUUUUUCAUCAAUUUGGAGCGCCAGGAGAGGGCGGGGAUCUAGUCCUGCACGGAGACCACCCCCCUUUGGGCUGCCCACACCCCCACCCCCUCUCCAGCAGCCAAGGGAGGCGGAUCCUCCCCUUCAAAGGGAGGGGCUCUCAGGCUCCUCUGGAAUUGGGGAUCCCUUGACCCAGGACGGCCUGGUGAGGGGUCGGAGCUGACUCCCGCCAGGCUCCGCUGCAGCACCUGACCGCCCUCACGGGUGGCCGGGCCGGGUCCUCGUCGCUGGUGGGGCUCCGGGCUGGGGACGGGGGUCGAGGCCGAUGCGCUGCGGGCAGCGGCCGCUGGGGGCGCUGCGGGGGCCGCGGUUAAAGCCCCGGCGCGGGCGCACGCGCUCAGAGAGCCGGGCCGCCGUCGCUGCCGCCGCUGUCCCCGCGCCCUGCGCCCGGUGGCCCCCACCUCCGCCCCGCGGCCGCACCUGGCGCCCCCUGGCUCCCCCGGCCCCCGCGCGGCGUGGAGCCAUCUUCCCUCACCUCCUACCGGCACCUUAGCUUGCUCCCGGCCCAUGCGGCCCCCGCGGGCUCCCGGCCCCGGCUCCAGAACUCAGCCCUGCACCUGAGCGCGGGGCCCGGCGGGGCGCGGCGGCGGCGAUGGGGAAACUGCAGUCGAAGCACGCCGCCACCGCCCGCAAGCGGAGAGAGAGCCCGGAAGGAGACAGCUUCGUGGCGUCCGCGUACGCGUGCGGCCGCAAAAGCUCGGAGGAAGCGGAGCGGCGCGCGCGGGACAAGCAGGAGCUGCCCAACGGGGACCCCAAGGAGGGGCCUUUCCGGGAGGACCAGUGUCCCCUAGAGGUGGCACUCCCCCCUGAGAAAGCUGAGGGCCGCGAGCACCCGGGACAACUCCUCAGCGCAGAUGACGGAGAGAGGGCAGCAAACCGCGAGGGCCCGCGAGGACCGGGCGGGCAGCGCCUCAACAUUGACGCACUCCAGUGCGAUGUCUCGGUGGAGGAGGACGACCGCCAGGAGUGGACGUUCACACUCUACGACUUUGACAACUGCGGGAAGGUCACCAGGGAGGACAUGUCCAGCCUCAUGCACACCAUCUAUGAGGUCGUGGAUGCCUCGGUCAACCACUCCUUGGGCAGCAGCAAGACCCUCCGUGUGAAGCUAACCGUCAGCCCCGAGCCCUCCAGCAAGAGGAAGGAGGGUCCUCCUGCUGGCCAGGACCGGGAGCCCACCCGUUGCAGGAUGGAGGGUGAACUGGCAGAGGAGCCAAGGGUGGCUGACAGGAGGUUGUCUGCACACGUCAGGAGGCCCAGCGCUGACCCCCAGCCCUGCUCGGAGCGGGGGCCCUACUGCGUGGACGAGAACACGGAGCGCAGAAACCACUACCUGGACCUCGCCGGGAUUGAGAACUACACGUCCAGAUUCGGCCCUGGGUCCUCUCCUGUGCAAGCCAAGCAGGAGCCCCAGGGCAGGGCCUCGCACCUCCAGGCCCGGUCCCGCUCCCAGGAGCCAGACGCACACACCGUGCACCACCGCAGGUCGCAGGUGCUGGUGGAACACGUCGUGCCAGCCUCGGAGCCUGCUGCCCGGGCCCUGGACCCGCAGCCCCGGCCGAAGGGGCCGGAGAAGCAGUUCCUCAAAUCCCCCAAGGGCUCCGGGAAGCCGCCUGGGGUGCCAGCCAGCAGCAAGUCCGGGAAAGCCUUCAGCUACUACCUGCCGGCCGUCCUGCCACACCAGGCCCCUCAGGAUGGCCACCACCUCCCGCAGCCUCCCCCGCAGCCCCCACCACCACCCUAUGGCCACAAGCGGUACCGCCAAAAGGGCAGGGAGGGCCACUCGCCACUCAAGGCCCCACACGCCCAGCCUGCCACAGUGGAGCACGAGGUGGUGCGGGAGCUGCCGCCCACGCCAGCAGGAGAGGGCUUCGCGGUGCCAGUGAUCCAGCGGCACGAGCACCACCACCACCACGAGCACCACCACCACCACCACCACCACCACUUCCAUCCAUCCUAGCGCUGCUCCCAGCACACCUUGCUCCCAGCACACCACAGCCCGCGCCCUCAGGGCAGGGAGCAGAGCAGCUGCCGGCUUUGCGCCCGUGGGGAGCCCAGACCCCCGCACCUCCGACAGCAAACAGCAACUGACUGCAGGUGCUGGCAUGAUGGAGGUGGUGCACCUUGGACACGUGGACAAGGCCCAGGCGCCCUCUGCUCUCCUGCCCUUGAUGCCACGUGGCGGUGAACACAUCUGAAGCCACUACGUUUCCCGGCUCUAAGGCUCGUCUGUGUAACCCAUAAAACCUGCUUUGAUUCCAGAAUGAGGCCCUGGAGUGCGCAAGGAGUGCCUGGAUGCUUGGGGUGGGUGUUCCUCCCAGGGCUUCGAGGGGUGACUGCUGUAGGCUGUCCCAGUGCGAGGCCGGGAGCGAAUGGAAAAGCUGAGGCUUUGCCUGGCUUGUGCAUCAUGAUCAGAGGGGACAGGGCCGGGGGGAAGCAGCUUGUGCUUAGCAGGGAGCAUCCGCGGCUCCCCACAGGAGGCCAAGCAGCAGAUGCAGCAGAAGGCAGCAGCGCUAGAAAGAGGAGUACCAGAGCAGGGAGUGCAGACCAGCGAGGAGGGGCCACAGGGCACAGGGGGAGCCCACAUCAGCGAGGAGGGGCCACAGGGCAGCAUGUGGCGGUGGAGGUAGCCCCUGGUCCCGAAGCCACAGCAGCUCAGGUGCAUGCAGAAUACAGUCAAGGCGGGGAGGGGCAGAGGCUCGCGCUGGGUGCGGCUCAGAACACGGGGACUUGCACAUUCACGGUCCCAACACUCACGGGGUGGCUUCUGUGACAUGUCAGCUUUGGAGAAAGGUGUGUCCUCCUGCAAGGGUCAGGAGAAGGUUGCAGGCCAGAAGGACGUCCCAGUGACGUUUCGGAGUCUUGCAGCCUGCAGGGGUCCACAUGGUUACCCCGAACAGGAACCGUGAGGGUGCUUUCUGGGACCCAGGGGGCCCGUGCCAAUGUUUCUGAGUCUUGCAGCCUGUGGGGGUCCACGUGUUUACCCUGAACAGGAACCUGCGGUGUUUUCCGGGAUCUGGCGAGGCUGCGCAGCAGUUUUGCAUUUACAUUCCUUGUUUUGUUUUUAAGGAUAAAGCGGUGCUGGUUGGGGUCUGUGGGAGGGGUUUGAGCCAUGGGGGCAGAUCUCUGGUGAAUGGCUUCCAUGUGUGUUCCCUCCAAGUCUCAUGCCGAGACGUGAUCCGCAGUGCUGGGUGGGGUCUGUGGGAGGGGUUUGAGCCAUGCGGGCAGAUCUCUGGUGAAUGGCUUGGAUGUGUGUCCCAUCCAAGUCUCAUGCUGAGGUGUGAUCCAUGGUGCUGGGUGGGGUCUGUGGGAGGGGUUUGAGCCAUGCGGGCAGAUCCCUGGUGAAAAUGGCUUGGAUGUGUGUCCCAUCCAAGUCUCAUGCUGAGGUGUGAUCCGCGGUGCUGGGUGGGGUCUGUGGGAGGGGUUUGAGCCAUGCGGGCAGAUCCCUGGUGAAAAUGGCUUGGAUGUGUGUCCCAUCCAAGUCUCAUGCUGAGGUGUGAUCCGCGGUGCUGGGUGGGGUCUGUGGGAGGGGUUUGAGCCAUGGGGACAGAUCCCUGGUGAAAAUGGCUUGGAUGUGUGUUCCCUCCAAGUCUCAUGCUGAGGUGUGAUUGCAGUGCUGGGUGGGGUCUGUGGGAGGGGUUUGAGCCAUGGGGACAGAUCCCUGGUGAAAAUGGCUUGGAUGUGUGUCCCAUCCAAGUCUCAUGCUGAGGUGUGAUCGCAGUGCUGGGUGGGGUCUGUGGGAGGGGUUUGAGCCAUGGGGACAGAUCCCUGGUGAAAAUGGCUUGGAUGUGUGUCCCAUCCAAGUCUCAUGCUGAGGUGUGAUCGCAGUGCUGGGUGGGGUCUGUGGGAGGGGUUUGAGCCAUGGGGACAGAUCCCUGGCGAAUGGCUGGGAUGUUUGUUCCCUCCAAGUCUCAUGCUGAGGUGUGAUCGCAGUGCUGGGUGGGGUCUGUGGGAGGGGUUUGAGCCAUGCGGGCAGAUCCCUGGUGAAAAUGGCUUGGAUGUGUGUCCCAUCCAAGUCUCAUGCUGAGGUGUGAUCCGCGGUGCUGGGUGGGGUCUGUGGGAGGGGUUUGAGCCAUGGGGACAGAUCCCUGGUGAAAAUGGCUUGGAUGUGUGUCCCAUCCAAGUCUCAUGCUGAGGUGUGAUCCGCGGUGCUGGGUGGGGUCUGUGGGAGGGGUUUGAGCCAUGGGGUCAGAUCCCUGGUGAAAAUGGCUUGGCGCCCUUGCCGUGGUGGAGAGUGAGCUCGCAUUCUGUGUUUGUGGGAGAUCUGGUUCUUCAGAGCAAGGGCCGCAACCCCCAGGCUGUGGACUGCUACUGGUUUGUGGCCUGUUAGGAACGGGCCGCACAGCAUGGGGUGAGCGGUGGUGGUGGUGAGCAAGCAUGAAUGCCUGAGCCCCGCCUCCUGUUAAAUCAGAGGCGGGAUUAGAUCCUCAUGGGUGCUCGAACCCUGUUGUGAACUUCGCAUACGAGGGAUCUAGGUUGUGUGCUCCUUACGAGAAUCUAAUGCCUGAUGAUCGGAAGUGGAAGUUUCAUUCUGAAACCAUCCCCACACCCCGUCUGUGGAAAACUUGUCUUCCACAAAACCAGUCCCUGGUGCCAAAAAGGUUGGGGACUGCUGGUUUAAAGGAGCUGGCACCUCCACCCCCCCUUGCUCUGACCAUGUGACAUGCCUGCCCCUCCUUUGCCUUCUGCAUUGAGUGGAAGCUUCCUGAGGUCUCCCCAGAAGCUGAGCAGAUGCAGGCACCGUGCUUGUACAGCCUGCAGAACGGGGAGCCAAAUAAACCUCUUUUCUUUAUAAA